AUGACAGCGAGAACCGCUUUCUGCCCAUCUGCAGCCGCAUCCACGGGCCAUGCUCCUAACGAUGCGUCUGCUGAAGAUGUCGAUUCUCACAUUGUAGCAACAGUAGCAGGUAGAAGCGCAAAUGGUUGCAACGGUACCGGCGCUGCGGCUAUCUGCAUCGGCGUGCACUUCUUAAGACAUGCGGAAGGCACUCACAAUGUUGCAGCUCGAGAAAAGCCAGAAGGGCGCAGCUGCGACUGGGUAUAUGGGCAGGCACAGCACUUUGAUGCGGACUUGUCGCCUGCGGGUUUGCUGCAAGCGCGUGCAGCGGGUGCCUGCAUGCCCGAUGCGUUGCGUCUCGCUCUGCAGCAGCAGCAGCAGCAGCAGCAGCACCAAGUUGAUGAUGGGGAGUGCAAGCUUUGCUGCUGUUGCUUUCCGAGGGUUGCGGUGUAUACGAGUUCGCUUCGACGGACCAUUCGCACGGCGUACGAGGCUCUUCGCGUUGCGCUGGCAGCGCCUUCCGGGGAGGGAGCAGCAGCCUCAGGCUCAGAAGUCGCUGCAAGAGGUCCCCUGAAGGUGCCAGUUGUUGCGCUGGAAGAGACUCGGGAGUGGGCUGGGGGAGGUCACUGUUGUGACGGCAGGCAUCCGUUGAAGGAGCAGAGUGUAUGGGCUUCUAAUCUUUUUGAACACAUAUCAUUCGAACCGCAUAUGGAGGCUGAUCCUCUCCCCCACACCAUGCCCAGGGAGCCGCGCGAGGCAGUAGAAGGCCGCUGUCUCCUCUUUUUGGAGCGUCUUCAUAGUCUAGUCGCAAGAGAAGCUGCAUCUGCAGCGGCUCCCAGUGCAGAAGGCUUGUCCGCAAGCUCGUGCCAUCGCUGCAGCAACCUGCGCACCAACGGCUUGCGGGAAAUGCAGAAUGGCAGUCCCAGUUGCAAGCGGAACGAAGGCAACAGCCCCCUGACGAUGAACGUCGAAGUUUUCUGUGUUUCCCAUAGCGCCUGGCUAAGAACGUGCUUUGCAUUGUUAUCUUUAUAUGCUCCGGAAAAGCGCGGGCUGCAGAACUGCGAGUGGCGGUCUAUCAGGAUCUCUCUGGGAGCUCUUUCGGAACUUCUCCCCCAUCUGAAGCGCAGGUCUGCAAGGCCUCGUGAGAUUUCGCCUUUUACUGCGCUACCCUUCGAAGCCGCCGCGAGCACCGUUGGACUCCCGACUGGCUCUGGAGACUUUCUAAAAGUGGCAAGGAGAGCAGCCGAUAACCACUGGACUGUAGGCACACUGUCAGAGCUGCUGAACCUGCGGGCUCUGCAGCCGCUUACCAUUGUAGUGUAUCCCCAGUGGGGCCCCUCGGGGGUUGUGCCGGAGAAGGCGGAGCUUCUUCAUGCAGCCAUCGAACGCAUCAAGGAAUGGAUACUACGUCAGCCUGUUUGCACUUCUCACGGACUCCCCCCGCAGAUGCAACAGCGCGCGCAGCACCAGCAGAUAGAAUUCGCGCCUCCAGAAUUGCAGUCAGGUGAACCGCCUUUAGAAAUCGUCGAGAAGGAGAGGAUCCACAGGGAAAACUGCCUGCUUCUGUGCCUCCUUCCCCUUUUAACAAACUCUGAACAGACCGAAGCUGAAGUGUCGCUUUUAAGUAGCAGUUUGCUACCGACGCAAGCCGGAGCGGAGUCAUGUAUCAGGCUGGAUGUACUCUCGCUUUCGUAG